AUGACAGACGCAGCUCGUUGGAAAGCUACGAUUUACGUCGGAGGCUUAGUUUCGAUGGCCACCACUAGCAAUCUUCACGAUGUUUUCUUACCCUUUGGUGAGAUCGUGGAUGUUACACUACCCAAGAAUGAUGCGCCAAACGCAACCGAGCCUCAUAGAGGCUUCGCCUAUAUCGAAUUUGAAGAUGCGGAUGAUGCCAAAGAAGCCAUCGACAACAUGGAUCAGGCAGAGUUAUUCGGAAGAGUCUUGAAAGUAUCCGCCGCCAAACCCCCUAAAAGCGCCGAGGAAGGACUAGGCGGCAAAACAGCCAUAUGGGAGCAGGAGGGAUGGCUUGCUGAACAUAAUGUGAGCGAGGAGGAUCGUACUGCAACAGCGGGGGCUAGAAGCGCCGUCGACGACAGGCCAGAGGAUCCAAUGCAAGGACUAGAAGGGCUUGACUUUGCCGGACCAAAGCCAGAGUGA